UGCUCGUAUAGACAAUAUUCGCUCCUUUUCAAAAGUUGACCACGGUCAACAAUGUUGUACCUGACCUCGGAUGAUUUUCCAGUCUUCGUACCGUUUGGCGUAAUCGGAUUCUACCGUUAUUUAUGGUAUUGCAUUCGGUUAAGCGCAGCAGCAACGUAUCGCCCAGUGCCCCUACCCGAGAACCCAACCUACAUCGCCUCUGAAGAUGUCACCAUUAUUGUGCCCACCAUCGACGCCGGCGAGGAAUUCAAGGAGGCCGCGCACAGUUGGCUCGUCGGCAAGCCCAAGGAAAUCCUCAUCAUUACCGAAGAGAAGAUGCUGGGCCCACUCCAGGACCUCGCCAACCAAGUCGACCCCGAGCGGAUCCGCGUUCUGACCGUCCCCUUUGCCAACAAACGACUCCAGAUGAGCCAUGGCAUCAAGAAUACGACGACCGACAUCAUCGUGUUCGCCGACGACGACGCCAUCUGGCCACCGACCCUCCUGCCGUACGUGCUUGCCUGCUUCGAGGACCAGAAGGUCGGCGGUGUGGGCACGAGCCAGCGUGUGCAGCCGGUUGGCGAGCGGAUGACGGUCUGGGAGGUCCUCGCCGCUUUCCGGCUGUCCAUUCGUAACAUCGAGAUCUCAGCCUCGACACACAUUGAUGGCGGUAUCCCCUGUCUGUCUGGCCGAACGGCUGCCUACCGCACUGUCAUUCUCAAGGAUCCAGAGUUCUUGCACGGGUUCACGCAUGACUAUUGGUUAGGCAAAUACCAGCUCAACUCGGGCGACGACAAGUUCUUGACAAGGUGGAUGGUCAGCCACGGAUGGAGCACUUACGUACAGUGCUGCAAGGAGGCAGAGUUGUUGAGUACGAUGAAGCCUAAUUGGAGGUUCUUGAAACAGGUGUUGCGGUGGACGAGGAAUACGUGGCGGUCGGAUCUGAGGAGUUUGUUCAUGGAGAGGCAUAUCUGGACGUCGCAUCCCUACGUUGCUUUCACGAUGGUUGACAAACUGUUCAAUCCCCUUACUCUACUCGUCGGCCCGGUCUUGGUCUCCUACCUCAUCUACAAGAGUACAAUCCCUACCGACCAAGGAGGCUAUCAUCUCCCAUGGUGGAACAUCGUCCUAUCAUACAUGGUCUGGCUAUCAGCAACCCGAACCCUUAAAUUAAUGCCCCACCUGUGGAACCGACCUCAAGACAUUAUCUACGUCCCCGCGUUCAUCGCGUUCGGAUACUACUUUGCUAUCAUGAAGAUUUACGCAUUGUUCACGCUUCACGAGACUGGAUGGGGUACCCGUUCCGGUAUUGGUGAUGCAUCCGCUGCAACCGCCGCAGCUGAGCGUAUGGAGGAGAAGGAGAACGCUGCUGCCGCUGCAGCAGCAGCCGGUGGUGGACUCGCGCAACCUCAGCAACCACGCAACACGUUCUAUACGAACAAGGACCACAACCAUUCUGAUGUUUCGCUGAGUGAUGUUCAGACGCCUACGACUGCUACACCGCUUUAUACGCAGAGGUCGACUGGGCAUGGGAGGGGGGAGAGUAUUAGUACGAGGAGGAGGCCUGCUGAGGAUGAUACGGGGAGUUUGGAGAUGCAGAUGGGUUUUGCGAAGUAG